UCGCCAACAUCGUUGUGUUUUUCCGUGUAGAGAUCGUUCAACAUAAAUCAGGCGCGCUGGAGUCGACACACUGUGAUCUGUUUUUCUCUCUGUCUAAUUCAUCAAGCUGCAAAAAUUACGUCCAUAAAAAAUAAAGAAGCUCAGUCUGAAGCUUCUGUGGAGGGCAGUAGCUCGACUGUCUUCUUCAGCCAAAGUCCAGAGGCCGCUUGUGGAAUAAGGAGGAGAUUCAAUUUCAACGCUGAACCGCCGUGGGAUCCAAGCUAGUAUCUAUUAAAGGCAGGCGUUUCCUUGGGCCAGAUUGCUUGUACAACCCCGACUUGUUAAUUUUAAUUUAUAGACUUACACUUAAAAAUAUUCACCAUGAAGCAUAAGUAUUCCUCCAUUACAUCUGUUGAAAUCAUUGCUGAUCCCAUGCCCUGCAUGACACAGCUAAUUCAAGACAAGAUUGAUGAGCUUGAAAAUAGGGGUUCUGAUGACGCAUUCUGCGUGUGCGAUAUUGGCGAUGUUGUCAAUAAGUUUAAGACCUGGAAAGAGCUAGUACCAAGAGUGGAGCCAUUCUACGCUUGCAAAUGUAACACUGAUGAGGUUGUUGUAAAGACGCUUGCCGACCUGGGUGCAGGUUUUGACUGUGCCAGCAAGGGUGAGAUUUCACUGAUUCUCAAGCAAGGUGUACCUACCUCGCGCAUUAUUUAUGCUAACCCAUGCAAGCAGAAAUCCUUCAUCAAAUAUGCAGCUAAGCACAAUAUUGACAUGAUGACAUUUGACAAUGAGGCAGAGCUGAUCAAGAUCAAGGAUAUUUAUCCUUCUGCCAGGCUUGUUCUUCGCAUCCUACCAACUUCUCAAAUCAAAGUUCAGUGUCAGUUGGGCAACAAGUUCGGAUGUCACCCCAGCAAUGUCUACAAAUUGCUGAACAAAGCCAAGCAGCUAAACCUCAACAUCAUGGGAAUCAGUUUCCAUUGUGGAAGUGGUGUACAGGAAGCUAAAGCAUUUUCCCUGGCUGUGAAACAAGCUCACGAUGCCUGGAAAAUUGCAUGUGAUCUGGGAUUCAAUAUGACCUUUCUUGACAUUGGUGGUGGAUUCCCAGGCCAAAAGUCUGCACCCAUCACUUUUCCUGAGAUUGCUGCUCUACUGAAUGAUGCGUUGGACACCUAUUUCCCCGCUGACAUGGGUGUGAGAAUCAUUGCUGAACCUGGCAGGUACUUUGUUGCAUCAGCCUACACUCUUGCUGUGAACAUCAUUGCCAAGAGAACAGUUGCUCGGGACAUUUCUGAUGCUGACGGCCCCCCAGAUGGUCACAACCAGCAGGAAGUGACCAACAAUGACGAGCCGUCCCACAUGUAUUACGUGAAUGAUGGUGUGUAUGGUUCAUUCAACUGCAUCAUGUACGAUCAUGCCACUGCAGAGGCUCAUGUGUUCUCAGAUUCCCCCUUAAGAUUUACCUCAUCUGUUUGGGGACCAACUUGUGAUGGAUUAGAUUGCAUUAUUAAGGAGUGCCGUUUGCCAGAGAUGGAAGUGGGCCAAUGGAUGUACUUCCCUGACAUGGGGGCCUACACAAUAGCUGCAGGGUCUACUUUCAAUGGGAUGCCCCGCCCAACCAUCCAUUAUAUCUGUAGCAGAGAUACCUGGAAUGAACUGUAUCCGGACAGUACCAGUGCUAAGCGCCGCUGCGAAAGCGUUUCUUCUGAAGCUGAAUACCCAUGCAUGAUGGCAGCUGGUCCAGAUGUGAUGUCUUUGCGUGAGGCAGCCAAUUCCAUCUCCUGCAUUGAAGAUGAAUUAGUCCUAGCUUGAAUUUCUUGUGCUAAUGUCAGCUGUUUAUGAUUUUCAUUUCAUUCGGGUUGUUUUUGUUUCAAAACUUGUCUAAUUUUUCAAUUUUAUUUGUACCACUUUUGUAUGUUCUUUAUUUUUUCUUAACUGCUCAAACAAGGUGUUAAUCAGAAGUUCAUUACAGAUGAAAGCAAAAGCUAUAGAUUUGACCUGUGUUGAAAAGACAAUGUUAGGCACCAGAGAUGGUCCUGACUUGCGUAGAAACAUUGAGCUUUUUGAGAUUUUUUUUGUUUGAAUUUUUACUAUUUAACUUUUUUGAGGUUGGGUUUUAGAUUUGAACAUUUCAUGUGGUCCCUUUUGAUGUUAGUCUUAAUUUGUAGCUUAAAUUUAAGUGUUUGUAUUUGUAAGUGCCAGCUAUUGUUGCAUGCAAGAUCCUUAGAUAGCACUUAGGUUUUGGUUAUUUGGGAGUUAAGUCAUUCGCUUAAAUAUCAUUGGGUAUAUCAUUCUAGUUGUAACAAGUUGGGGCUGUACAAGCAGUUGGGGAACGCCUGCAGACAUAUCUUUUUUUUUUUUUGGCCAUUGUAUUGUAAUGUAUAUGCUGUGUUGUCAAUAAAAUUUGGGGCUAUAUUUUUCA